UCGUCACGUGAUCCCGCUGCUCCAAUAGGAUGCGAGUUGCUAGUAAACACAACGGCAAUAUCAUGACGAAGGUGACAUGAAAACGACAUUUCCCAGCAUGCCACAGUAGUCAGGAGCAUGCGCAGUAGCCCCGCGGCAGUCGGACUCGGGAGGUUCUCUGACAAAUGAAUGUCGCUACCAAGAGCAGGAAACACUCGAGUGGUGGACACGUGUUUGGAGGAGAUGGACCAGAACCAGAUCCAGGACCGAGAUCAGAACCAGGACCAGGAGUCCAGCAGCAGGACCAAAGCAGACUCUUCCUCCGCUGGUCUGCAGAAACAUAAAGCCAAAGAGAGAAAAAAUAGGAGGGAUAAAGUCCUCACCACUUCACCAGGUCUGAAGGUCCGAAAGACGAUUCAUGCUGAAGAGAAGCCGUACACCUGUGAACAGUGUGGGCGAGCUUUUACCACAUCAAGUAUUUUAAGGCGUCAUCAGCGUAUCCACACUGGAGAAAAGCCGUACAAAUGUGAUCAGUGUGGGGCAGCUUUUACCGAACAAGGUAAUCUAAGGAGUCAUCAGCGUAUUCACACUGGAGAAAAGCCGUACAAAUGUGAUCAGUGUGGGGCAGCUUUUACCGAACAAGGUCAUCUAAGGAGUCAUCAGCGUAUUCACACUGGGGAUAAGCCUUACAGAUGUGAUCAGUGUGGGGCAGCUUUUACCACGUCAAGUUAUCUAAGGAGUCAUCAGCGUAUUCACACUGGAGAAAAGCCGUACAAAUGUGAUCAGUGUGGGGCAGCUUUUACCGAACAAGGUCAUCUAAGGAGUCAUCAGCGUAUUCACACUGGGGAUAAGCCUUACAGAUGUGAUCAGUGUGGGGCAGCUUUUACGUUGUCAGGUCAUCUAAGGAGUCAUCAGCGUAUUCACACUGGAGAAAAGCCGUACAAAUGUGAUCAGUGUGGGGCAGCUUUUACCCAACAAGGUAGUCUAAGGAGUCAUCAGCGUAUUCACGCUGGGGAUAAGCCUUACAGAUGUGAUCAGUGUGGGGCAGCUUUUGCCCGACAACAUCAUUUAAGGAAUCAUCAGCGUAUUCACACUGGAUUUAAACCUUACAGAUGUGAUCGGUGUGGGGCAGCUUUUAACAUGUCAGGUAAUCUAAUGCGUCAUCAGCGUAUUCACACUGGAGAAAAGCCUUACAGAUGUGAUCAGUGUGAGGCAGCUUUUACCCGACAAGGUCAUCUAAGGCGUCAUCAGCGUAUUCACACAAGAUAAAAAAUUAUGUCUGGUAUCAGCGGGGGCAGCUUUUACUCGGAAAGCACCGUUAAAGGUACCAAUUUAGACAUGUUAUGUUCUGAGAAAAAAAUAAAUCUUUAGUUUUGUUUUCAAUUUCAACUGAAAAAUGUGUUUAUCUUAAAGGGGACCUAUUAUGGCAUUUAAUGUAUAUUUUAAACAGGCCUUGAAUGUCUUAAAAACAAUCUAAAGCUUGUUUUUUCUACAUAAAUCAGAAAUUCGGGCCUGUGGGCCAUGUCUCUAGUUUUACCGCUUCUAACGUCUUUUCUGUGAGUAAUUCUGAGCGGCGGGGCUAUGAUAAUGAGGCUCUGUGCUGAUUGGCUGCUUGAAUGACGUGUAGCAGGGGGGGAGACAAAGCCUCUCCGGGCAGAGCAGCCGGCUGCGUACACAAAGCAUGUCCUAUGCGAGGGAGCUUCGGUGACAAAAUCAAUUCCAUUGCUUUAUUUUUUUUGUAUUGGACUGUCCUAACUGGCUUAACGGUUUUAGUGUGGACAGAGAGCGUCCGAUGUCCCGCAGCUCGACGGCAGUUAUGACACUGUGUAAACGGAUCUUAAGCCCGAAUUACGGUUCUGCGUUAAAUCGACGCGUACCCUACGCCGUAGGCUCUGCGUUGGUGUAACGCAGAACCAUAAAUCAGCCUUUAGUUACCUGAAAAGGGAUCCGGGUCACCUCGUCUUCACACUAAUCCACACGGGAAGAUUUAAUUGAAUUCUAAACAGUUACACCAUAGUUCUUUACUCUGAUUCAUCAUUUAAUUUCUUAUGUUACAAGACAAAUGAAUCAUGUUAACUGUAAAUAAAUCACAAAACUGAAUUUUCACAAAUGGCAACUUUAUUGUUAAAAAAAUAAAACAUAAGUUUUAUAUAAAUAACAUGUAUGCACUAUUGCUGGCUCAAGGAAGGACCGUGCGUCUUCUGAAGGUGUCGUUGAACAGCUUCAGGUGCUUGGAAGAUCUGAAACCAAGACUCAUCACUGGAAAGAACAACAAU